AUGGACGACCUGGAUGCCCUUCUGGCUGAUCUGGAGACCACGACCUCUCACAUUUCCAAGCGCCCAGUACUGCUCACCGACUCUGGGGCAGCCCACGCCAACGAGCUGGGGCAGGAUGGGACACCUGAGUCCAGGCCCCCACCGCCACCCUACAACCCUCAGCAGCAGGCCAUGUCCGUGGACCCUCCACCUGUCUCUGCCCCGCCUAGCGGGGGCGAUAAAGAGCAUCUCUACAGCACUGUCUGCAAGCCCCGCUCGCCCCGGCCCAAGGAGCCAACUGCGCCACCCUUCUCCUCGUCCAGCGGGGUGCUGGGCGCUGGCCUCUGUGAGCUGGACCGGCUGCUGCAGGAGCUCAACGCCACGCAGUUCAACAUCACUGACGAAAUCAUGUCCCAGUUCCCAACCAACAAGAGCCCUGAUGGGGAGAAGCGGAAGGAGAAGCCAGAGGAUGCUGGGGAAGGGGGGUCCCCAAGCCACUCCGCUGGCUCCACCUCCCCUCCUGUGAAGCCAUCAGCCACAUCUGCUACCCUAGAGCUGGACAAACUCAUGGCCUCCUUGUCGGACUUCAGAGUCCAGAGCAACCUCCCGGGGGUGUCGGCUGCACCGCCCCCAGCCCCCACUCGAGUCUCCCUGGCGCAGCAGCCGGUGGUGUCAUCCGUCUGUCCCAGCCCCUCUGGCCCGCCACCCCCAGCAGCGCCGGCCCCACAGGGUGGCAACUUGGACAGCAUGCUGGUGAUGCUGCAGUCGGACCUGAGCCGCCAGGGGAUCUCCACCAGCACCAAGGGGCUGUGCGCCUCCUGCCAGAAACCCAUCGCUGGGCAGGUGGUGACGGCACUGGGCAAUACCUGGCACCCGGAGCACUUCGUCUGCACCCACUGCCAGAAGGAGAUGGGGGGCAGCAACUUCUUCGAGAAGGAUGGCGCCCCCUACUGUGAAAGGGACUACUUCCAGCUUUUCUCGCCCCGCUGCGGACUCUGCAACGAGCCCAUCCUUGAUAAAAUGGUGACAGCUCUGGACAAGAACUGGCACCCGGAGCAUUUCUGCUGUGUGAAGUGUGGGAGGCCCUUCGGGGAGGAAGGCUUCCAUGAGAAGGACGGCCAGCAGUACUGCCGCCAGGACUUCUACGAGCUCUUCUCCACCCGCUGCCAGGGCUGUGGCCAGGCCAUCCUGGAGAACUACAUCUCAGCCCUCAGUGCCCUCUGGCACCCCGAGUGCUUCGUCUGCAGGGAGUGCUACGCGCCGUUCCUGCAGGGCAGUUUCUUCGAGCACGGUGGGCGGCCCUUCUGCGAGACACACUACCACAAGCAGCGCGGCUCGCUGUGCUGGGGCUGCGAGAAGCCCAUCGCCGGGCGCUGCAUCACUGCCAUGGCCCGCAAGUUCCACCCCGAGCACUUCGUCUGCGCCUUCUGCCUCAAGCAGCUCAACAAGGGCACCUUCAAGGAGCAGAACGACAAGCCCUACUGCCACCCCUGCUUCCUCAAGCUCUUUGGCUAAGCCACGCCCUUGUCUGGGCAGGCCCCGCCCUCAGGCCCAGCCACACCCCAGCAGGCACCGCCCCCUGGCCCAGCCACACCCCAGCAGCCCCCCAGUAUAGCCACACCCCAACAGGCCCCACCCCCUGGCUCAGCCUUACCCCAGCAGGCCCUGCCCCCAGGCCGAGCCUCACCCCAGUAGCCCCCCAGUAUAGCCACAUGCCAACAGGCCCCGCCCCCGGCCCAGCCACACCCCAGCAGGCCCAGCCCCCUGGCCCAGCCACACCCCAGCAGGCCCCGCCCCGGCCCUACAUGGUGGGCAAGCCAUGUCACGCCCCACCCCACAGCCACGCUUCGGCAGGCCAUGCCCUGGGCACAUUCAGGCCCUGGCAGAGGGCACCUCAUGGCAAGGCCACUUCCCGGCAGUCCCCUUACCUGGCAUAGCCACACCCAUCGUCUCUGAGUGGGAGACGGAAAGGCCAUGGCCCCCCGCACAGCCCUGUCAAUCAUUGCCAAAGGCGGGUAAGCCACACCCCCAAAGCCAACCUGGGAAGCCCCGCCUCUUUCAGAGCCACACCCACAACCGGCAGGGGGCAGCACAUCUUCCAUUCCUCCCACGCUGCUGAUAGGCCUUGCUCCAUCAAGCCGCCUGGAGGCCCCGCCCCCGAGCUAAGCAGAAUUUGAACCCCAGGCCCACGAGGAUGGGCACUGGCCAUGGAUCACCUCAUCCCACAAGAAGGCGUGGCCGUGGGAGGCAGAGGGGAAGGGCUGCUGGGCUAAGACCUGCCUUCAAUGGGGUGCGGCUCUCUGGGCACAGCCCCAGUCUCUGGGCACAGCAAAGGCGGGAUGUGGCUUAUUUUUUCCAAAACUCAGACGAAAUGUCAUAGGAUCACAAAGUGUCUUCAGCUCUGGGCUGGGGGUGGGGGGUGGGAAAUGGAGCAGGUGGGAGAUAAUUGGGGGGAAGGGGAGAAAGGGGGUUAUUACAAGCACAAAUAAGGGAGGUAUUUUAUACUCAUGGGAUGUGUUGCUGUUUAAACACAGUGGGGGUCUCUCCAGACUGGUAUCAACAAUCCUCACCUCCAACACUAUGUGGCUGUUAAACAGCCCUUGCACCCAGCCCUAGAGGUGGCUGUAUCUCACUGCAGGGUGAGGGAUUCCUGUAUAAACAACCCCUGUGCCCUGCCCCAGAGGUGGAUGCAUCGCAGCACUAGGCAUGGGAUCUCUGUAUAAACAGCCCCUGUGCGCCACCACAGAGACAAUGGGGUGGGGAACAGGCUGGGAGGCCUUUCCCCCCUAGGGGGUGCUGGUGUGUGGAGGGGUGAUUGCCUGUUUAUGGGGAUCCUACUGUGUUCCACAAUGUGUCUUGUCUUUUAUUUUGCUUUUUAUACACUCAGUUAUGCUGAAGCAUUAAGUAUUUAUUGUAAUUUUGGGCUCUUUUAAGGAGCGUUCAUGACAGCACUCUGGGCUCUGUUCCAGCUUGGAGAUAGGAUCGGGAAGAGGGAAAAGCCAGAGAGCCUGGGGGCCAAGAAUAAUGGGUCCUGUGAGGGGAGAGGGAUUGUAGGCAGAGCUUUCUGGUCUGAAAGAGGACAGCGAUAACGCUGACGAGACAGAAGAGCUCAGGACAUGAGACCAGGGCCUUGCCCCUCUAAGGGGUGCCAGCUCGGAUCCAUCCCAAGCACUGGCUGGCUCAAACUGUGGGCAGUGGGCCAGGGGCCUUUCCCUUCUGGGGGCGCUGGUCCCAGGUUACUUGCUGGGGGAGCAGGCAGGGCCCGGGUGGGCUUUUUCUUGCUGAGCUAGGAUUGUAUCUGGGUCACAUUUUUUUUUCUUUUACUGUAUAAGCCCAAAAUGCUUCUUCACUCUCACUGCUGUCAGGUGCCCAGCGGGCACUGGCAUGCACGGGUCAUUUCUACCCGGCGUGCGCUCACUGCUCUCCUUCGUCUUCCAUGGAGCGUUGCGGGAAAAUGUUCCACACCAGGGCAAUAAAUGGGGAUCGCUUCAGGGUCCGAGGCCGGAAAAGACCGUUGUGAUCAUCUCAUCGGACCGCCUGCAUAGAGCAGGCCAGAACUGCCCCCAAAUAAUUCCUGGAGCAGAGCUUUCAGCAUGGGGCUGCAGGGAUAGACAGAGGGGUCUGUAUGGGGAUGGAGCGAGAGGUCAGUGUGGGAAAAUGCAGAGAUACGGGUCUGUAUGGGGAUAGACAGAGGGGUCUGGAUGGCCCUGCAUGGAUAGAAGGAGAAGGAUGACAGAGCCUCAGUCUAGGGCCUGAGGUGAGGAACAGUCUGGUCGCUCAUGGGUGGAGGCAUCUGAACUGAGCGGCUCUGUGUGCCCCUCUUCCUCCUCAUCAGCCCCAAGCCCACGCGGCCCGUCAUUGGCUUGUAACUGGGAAAGGGAAACCAGCAGCUGUUCACAAGGGGACUAGAGGAGAUAGAAUCUCGCCAGCCCGAGGUCCGGAUCAGAGACAGCACCCCCUGGAGGGGACAAACUCCAUACUUCUUUCCCCACCUCCCAAGGCAGCCAGUCCCCCAAUCUGGGGUCAGAUUGGAGCCAGCCCCGCCUAGAGGGGAAAGGCCCCAUAUCUCAUUCCCCAUCCCUCUGACCCAGCCAGUUCCCCACUGUGGUGUCAGCUGGACAGAGAAGUGUCCUUCACUUCGGCUCCUGAACUGUUGGGCAGUGUUGUCCUGUGUCCCCCAUGUCCCAGGGCUGUAUUUCAGCACUGGGUGAGGGAUCUCUGUAAAAAACAGUCCCUGUGACACACCCCAGAGGUGGCUGCAUCUCAGUGGCAGGGGAGAGGAGUGUAUGAGCUAAUCAGGACUCCUCGGUCUGGCUCUGGGAGGGGAGUAGGAUAAGCUGGGGUUCCUCAGCACAACUGAGAGGGGGCCAGGGGCAGCUCAUUCCUGGGAUGAGACCCCCGUUCUCAGCUGGGUCCCCAGAGGAGGCUGCUCCUACCUGAGGCACAGAAAAGGAGAUGAGAGGUGGAGUGGAAAUUGUUACCAACCCCCAUCUCUGUAAAUAUCAGUGUGUGCUGAGGAUGGGCGGAGUGGGGCUCAGAGUGCUGGGCUGGGGGUGCUGGGGAGGGGUCGGGGAUUGGGGAGUUGGGGGCUGACAUAUUUGAUGGACAUCUUCAGUGCCAGGUCAUCCCGCAGCUUGUAGAGCCCCCCACCCCCAGCCAGAUUACGGGCCCCAAUCCCCCUCCUUACCACCUGGUGCUGGAGACAAGAGAGACACCCCAUGGGGUGAAGGGUGGGAUCGGAGAGAGCAGAAACCCAGGAGAGAAGAAAGGGAGCCUAAGAGGACGUUCUAUCCCCAAGAACCUGCACAGCCCAGGGCUCUCCCUGGCCCCCUGAAUCCCCAGAGCCCAGGACCCUGCCUGACCCCCCUGAUCUCCCACAGCCCAGGGUCCUCUCUGCCCCCCUGAACCUGCACAGCCCAGGGUCCUGCCUGACCCUCCCCCCCAAUUCCCCACAGCCCAGGACCCUUCCUAACCUUGGCCUCUUGACCUAUGCAUCCAUAUAGACCCUUAUAUCCAUUCCCACCUAGCCCCCUCUAUCCAGCCCCUACUAUAUUGUGUGUAUAGAUGUUUGAGGCUUAUGCUUGUCCAUGAGACAAUAAAUGUGCCCGCCCUGCAGCGAGUUUGAUAUUUUUUUUAACCCUCGCAGUGCCAUCACCUUCAGUGUGUGUUGCAGGGGUGCUGACCGGGAGGGAGUGGGAAUAUUAGCAGCACCGCCCUGGGGCAGGGAUGCAGCAGCAGAUGCAAGGAUGGAGAAAGAGAAUCUCCAGUGGGAAGAGUCUGUGGGAGCAGAGCCACAUGGAACAUCCUGGAGCAGGGAGGGGCAGUGUGGAGACCUCUCAGGAGAAAGACCCGCUGGAGAAAAGCUGCAAAUUUUUCAAGCCUCCCUACUCCAUCCCGAAGGCUAUCUCAGAUAAGGCGGCGGAAAAAAAAGAUGCGAGACGAAAUGUUCUCGGAAAUCAUGGAAGUGACCCGCAAUGAAAGAGCUCAUCUGAAUGAGCGGAAGGACGUGGUAUCAAAUUAUAGGAAAGAUGCCAGUGAACGUGAGGACAGGAGGGAUGCUCGAGAUGAGAGGUGGCGGCAGGAAGAUCAGAGGUGUAGGCAGGAAGAUCAGCGGUGGCGGGAUGCAAUUCUGGGGCUGCUGCGUGAUCAAACUGACAUGCUCCGGCGUCUGGUGGAGCUUCAGGAACAGCAGCAGGGGCACAGAGUGCUGCUGCAGCCCCUGUGUAACCAUCCUCACCAUGUUGCAUAUCCUCCUCACCCAGAUGUGUAAGAAUGCAUGGGGGAAGGCUCCGUGCACCCUCCCACUCCACCCCCGUGGACAGCCCAACCAAAAGGCUGUCAUUACUUUGAAAUUUUUUUAGUGGCCUUUUCCUUCCCUCCUAUCCUCCUCCCAAACCACACCCGGGAUACCUUGUCAGUUCUCUCCCUCUUUUUAUAAUCAAUUAAUAAAGAAUACAUGAUUUUUAAA